UACACCAACAGUUCUUGAUAAUACUCAGUGGAGUGUGGAGAAAGACAUUUGAUGUUUGUGAAUGCAGACACUACAGUAUUAUCUUGUGACAAAACCAACUGUACAAAGUGAACCUUCGCCAUGCGUCGCACCAUCGUACGCACACAGGAGGAACUGGACGAAAUCGAGGAUAACAAAUGGAGGCGCAAAUCUUAUGCCUUGGCACAGAACAAUGCUCUUCCUGUCCCCAUGCCCCUACCCGUCUAUCCUCUCCCCAAGCCCUGCAUUCCUCCUGUUGGACCCCGCCCUCUCAGGACAGGUCCUCGCCCGCCACCAAACGUAUACAGACCCUCUGCAGGAUUUCGACCCUCUGCGGCUCAUCGCCAGUCAAGGGUAUCGAACUCAGUACCUGCAAAAUCAGAAGCUCUUCCUACUUUAUCAGAAGCCAGUGGAUUUACUCCUGAAAUUGUUCCACGGAGAAUCAGUAACAAUAAUAGCAAGCAGUUCCAUACGCCGCCUCAGGAAGCGAGUCUCGAACAACCAACUGCGCAGCUAAUUCAAAGCCCGAUGAAGACUUCAGCGGGGCCUACAUUCUCCACAUUCUUGCCCGCAAAUCCGGCAGCUCCUUCUCCAAAAUCGACAAACUCGAAGAUUGGGCCGGUGAAGGAAACACCCUCAUCCAGAGGUCCAGUCCGUGCAGCGCCGCCGCCUCCGAAGACUCCCCCAGCAAGCGCCCCUUUAGCGAUGCCAAGAAAGGCACAUGGGCCCAAAAAACCAAACACUAGGCCCCCACCAAUACCUCAAAAUACCCCAGUAGAGUUAAAUAAUUUUCCACAGCCAAAGACACAGUUACCUCCAGAUCACAUUAAUGGCCCCACACUACCAGCAAAGGCCUUACAGAUAUCGACAGAGACUUUCCCAACACAAGUUAGUUUACCCCUAGAAAAGUUAAACCCCAAAGCAGACCAAGAAAAUCUCCGACCAAUACAGACAAAUUCCUUUUUGGAACAAGUCAAUCCUCGACCAGCACAGACAAUUCUUUCGUCACCAAAGACAAAUCCUCCCUCAAAAUCAGAAAACCCUUUGCCAAAACAGGGAGAUAUUCUUUCGCAGACAGCACCCUCACCAAAACAGACUGACCCGCCGUUAAUUAACGCAAAUCACCCACCAGAGCAGAUAAAUCCCUCACUCAUACAAGUGACGCCUGUUUUAUCAGAAAACGCUCCCACACUACGAAAGACAAGCUCCUCACCAAAAGAGAUUAAAUCCCCACCAAAACAGACAAAUCCUUCAUCGCCACAGAGACCAAAUCCCCAGCCUGAAGAUCCUCUUCCCCCUAACAUAAACAGCACCCUCCCCCUGACUCCUACCUCCACUCCCCCUCAACCAAAUAGUAAGCUCAUCCCAACACCUACCUCCACUCUCUCUCACACAACCAAUAACCUACCCCCAACGCCUACCUCGGAACGCUUACCUCCCACACCAACUUCCCAGAGUCGAUCCCCAACACCCACGUCAUUUGGGUCUCCAGGAACACCUUCGUCGCUCAGCUGUCCAAGAACACCCACGUCGAUCCGUGCAGCUCCAUGGCAACCAUAUUUCCCACCGACGCCGCUCUCCAGGACGCCACGAGCGACACCGACGCCAACCUCUUGGACACCUGCGACGUCUCCGACGCCAAGUUCGAGAACAGCGGAGACAUCUUCAGGUGCCUUACCUGCCAGCAGCAACAACCAUCUGUUACCCCCUACACCGCCUUCGUCGUCGUAUCACGUCGGAGGAGGCAGCAUCACACCGUCCUCCUCAAUGUCCUCCCUCAACCACGUUACUGGACAGAGCAAGACCAUGGACGAGGACGAAGAGCAGUUCACAAAAGACAUAGUCGACUCCUCAUCGCUACCUUACCCGGCUGUGUUAGACGUGUCCAGCCUCCACACAGACGUGAAGGUCAAGGUCACUAUGUUCUCCAGCACUACUGAGCUCAACACUGAGCCUAACAACACCGGUGCUGAACCACAGGAGGACACCUAUAGAACGUAUUGGACACGAUUCUGGAUCUUAGCCGUGUUUUCUUUCGUCGCUCUUUUACAGACCACUGUGUGGGGAACGUUUGGACCUAUUGCUGAAUCAGCGCUGGUAGCAUUCCCUAGUUGGACGGACUCAACUAUAGCUGCUUUUCCAAACUGGGGCCCGAUUAUUGUUGUGUUGUUCACCAUUCCAAUGAUGUGGAUUACGCAGAAGUUAGGUCUGCGACUGGCAGUGUUGACAUGUACUCUGCUUCUCACUCUCGGCACAGUAUUACGUUGCUUCACUUCACAAGAAACUCCAUUUACUGUGAUCUGCCAUAUUAGUUCCAUACUGUUUGCAUUCGCUGCCUGCAUGACGUUGUCGCUGCCAGCUAUGAUCGCUGCAGUCUGGUUUCCUCCUAAUGAAAGAAUCACUGCCACUGCUGUGGGUGCUCUCAUGUGCCAGUUGGGAGGUGCUGCCAUGUAUAUGGGGCCACUGAUUGUGGCAUCACCAAGCAGGAAGGAUAAUGUUACCAUAGCUGAGGCAGAUGAUAUUCGUGGGGACAUCAUGGUACUCAUGUAUAUUCAUUUCGGCGCUGCUGCUCUGUUGCUACUGGUUGCUAUUGUGUAUUUCCCAUCAUCUCCACCGACGCCGCCUUCAGCGUCCUCAGCGAAAGAAAGGAUAGACUUCUUUAGUGGCAUCAGAAACAUCAUCAAGAAUCUUCCGCUACUGUUGGUGUUGCUAACUUAUGCCUUCUCUUUCGGUAUUCCUGUCGUCUGGAUUGGGGUCUUGAACCUGUCCUUGAUUGACAUUAAUAUAUACCAGGAGCAAGCCAUGGGCGUGGCAGUGACGGCAGUGUCGUGCUCCAGCGUAGCAGCAUUUAUCACUGCCAGAAUCACGGAUAAAGUGUACGGUCACUUGAGAGUUACAAUCAUGGGAUUCCUGGUGCUCUCAUCAAUCUUUUUCCUCUGGUUCCUGCUACUGACCACUGAAGUGAUUGUUCCUAGCUUAGCUCAGGUGUAUGUAGCCGUGGCAGGCGGCGUGUCCUUUGAGUAUGCAACGGUACCAUUGCUGGUGGAACUGGCUGUUGAGAUUGGCUAUCCAAUCCCUGAAAGUGUCACGGGAGCCAUGCUCACCUUCACUUUCAAUCUGGUUGCCCUGGUCUUCUUGGGACUCUUUCAGAUCCCCAUCGUCAAUCACUUAUGGGUUAGUUACGUCCUAUUUGGAUGUGUCUCACUGACUGUGCUGCCGCUGCUGUUCGUGAAAGAGACACACAAGAGGUCGGACACGGAUAGAAAACACAUACAAUGAGACUAUCCGCAUCUACAAAAAUAGUUUUAAACUUAUUAGGGUAAUACAUAAUGCAUAAACCCCUGAUAAUGUAUGUUACAAGACAAAAAGUUAUAAGUUGUAUGUGGUAUUUGUGUGUUAUGAGAACAAAAUCUGAAUGAACAGAGUACACGAUGUUGAGUUAAGAUUUUAUUGUAAUUUCAAGGAAUGUAUAUAAUGUAUAUACAUAUUGUAAAAAAUAUUAUAGCUGAUAUAUGUAAAUAUAAGAUUUUUUAAAUAUUACUAAUAAUAUUCAGCACUUAACAAUCGUCUGUAAUAGUUUUUUUUUUUUUUAAUUUUUGUGAUUUCAAAUUCAGAUUUACAGGUUAUAGUUGCCAAAGGAAAAAAACAAUUACAAUAAUUCUUCACUUGAAUAUGGCAUUAUAUUAAGACCUAUAGUUUACUAAAUGUAAAAAGAAGAAAAACUAUAGAAAGUGUUCCUUCUUUUCUUCGGGUCACCAUACCUCGGUGGGAGACGGAUUGUGUUAAAAUACGUUUAUAGUGUCUUAACAUUCAUGUGGCUAUUGUGUUUAUAGGGAAGCGCUAAGCCUGUAGCUGUCAAACAGCACCUGAGAAACUGAAGGAGAUGAAGUGUGAUCUAAGGAAGGAGAGUGUAACCCUAGUUCGUUGGAUCAAAAGCACUAUCAUCCUUCGAUGCUAGUGCUCUUGAUCCAACGAAGGGUUAAUGCUCUGUAAAUGUUUGCUUUGCUCAUUGAGUCGAUUCAUUCAACGUACCGUUGACUGUCCUUCACCAUCUCUCUCGGGUUUCCAAUGAUGCUUACAAUCUCUCGUCUCUAGACUUCACAUGAAUUGAAUGACCCAUGUGAGUUUAGUGCUUUUUUAAAUAUAAUAAUCUGGAAUUCAUUAAAUUCCAUGCCGAUAUACAAUAAAAAUCAGACCAGGUUUAUUUCAAGGGGAAUAAAACUAUAUUGAUGGCUUCCCUCUUCCCAUAUUCUUCCCUCCAUGGACGCCCAUGCCUUGAAAAUUUCCAGGGGACACCUGUCCAUGUUGUAAUAACUCAUGCAUUAUAUGUAACUCAUCCAUUGUACUGCUAUACUCAGAGAUAUUGUGACUAAUUUCAGGAAUGUCUGAAUAUUAAAUAUUUAUUUGACCUUUUGGCUCCAGAUUUACGGGUCAGCCUUUAUUAUUAUUAUUAUUAUUAUUAUUAUUAUUAUUAUUUUAUUAUUAUUAUUAUUAUUAUUAUUAUGCAGCGCUGUGUGACUUAUGUGUAAUAAAAUUUGUUUAUUAGUAUCACACUGAUUUUGAAACACUAAACCUGUAAGGUCACACAAUAUCUGCACAAUGGGAAGUCAUCAGGUUUAAUCCAAGAAAAGAGAGAAGGUAGCCUUAAUUCCAUAGAUCAAGAGCCAAUCACCAGCAUUAAGGAACUUGCCUUAAAACGUCUUCCAAUAUUCAAUGAUUUAUCAUAAAUCUUCACCAAUUACUUUCCGGGAUUUUAUUUUUAAUGGUAUCAUGUUACAUUCCAUUUUCAUGGUAAAAAUAACGCAUGUGUCAAACAUAACAAGUGCUGAAUGUGUAACUAAGUGCCAAGAAGUCAAACCAUUUUAUAUGUAAAAUAUUUAUCGUAAUAAAGAAUAUAUAGUUUA